AUGACUUGUUUUCUGCAACAAAUAAUAAACUGCCUGCACAAUAUUAAUCACAGCGGUAUCAGCAACAAGCAAGCAAUUCUUCAACAGAGAGCUUUAGGUAGAGAACUUGGUUUAGUGGUUGAUCUGACAAAUACUACUCGUUACUAUCCAUUAUCAGAUUGGACAAAAGAAGGGAUUGGCCAUGUCAAGAUAAGAUGCAAAGGAAGAGAUUCUGUACCUGAUGAUGAAUCUGUACAAAAGUUUUGCAAUGAGGUUCUGGAUUUUUGCUCCCAGAGAUCAAACACAAAGAAAUAUAUACUCGUACACUGCACUCAUGGGCAUAAUCGUACAGGCUAUAUGAUUGUUCAUUUUCUUGUGCGUACAGAAUCACUAUCUGUCACUGAGGCAACAAAUAAAUUUGCACAGGCGCGGCCCCCAGGAAUUUACAAACAGGAUUACAUUGAUACCCUAUACAUGUUUUUUAAUGAAAAGAAGCCUGAAAGUCUUGUUUGUCCACAAACUCCAGAAUGGAAGAGCCUCCCUGAUCCUGACGUUCAUGAUGUGUCUUUCUCAGCUACAGACAAUCGUGCAGACAUUUUGCAGCAGGAGAAUAUCGAGAGGAAUGGAGUAAUGACAAAUGUAAUAAAUUGCAACCUGUGA